GGCCGUGGUUGGCAGUUGCUCGACGCCACUCCACGCGCGUCAGACCUCUCCGUGGUGAGUCGCGUGCAUUUUGCACCUGCUCGACGUGCAACGCGCACGCGCACAGGUGCACGACCUACCGGCGCACAGACCUAAACUGGCGCGACGUCGAGCUUUCGUAGUCGGCAUCGGCCAUCCGCGACGCGAACUUUCACUCGGAGACGCUCCUCGCCUAGCCGUGUCGUGCUGGGCCGCGCCGCGUCGCGACACGUCGCGUCGCUGACAAUCGCGCUUGUUCACACCGCUAACUACUGUCUACCGCGAAACAAGUAGAGACGUGACCCCUUAAAUUCGAUCGACGGAGGACCCUUACCACCGCCAAUUAAGACGGCAAACGAGGCGCAGACUCUCCCUUCCAUUUCGUUAACUCUUUGAUCGAUGCACCGGUCAGGCAUCGCGAAUCCUUCGCCCGUUUCGCUCGUUAUGCCAUCGAGAAUAAUUGCCGAAUCGUCGUGGCGCGUUUAUCGACAGACUCGUGUUUUCGAUCCAGUGAUUGUGUACAAACGUGCGUGCUUAUCCUAGAUCGCCUCACGAUCGUCUUUCGCGUGCAACGACACGGAGGAUUUGGAGGAAGUGGGUGGGAAGGAGCCAAGGAUAGAGGUAAAGGACAAGGAAACCGACGACGCUGGACCGACGAACGCAAAACACGGUUAAAUCUUGGAGGAAGUCAGCGCGCGGGACCCGACGAUGGAUCUCACGCUACUCUUGCUCGCCGUGCUGCUCAAGCAAGAGGUUGCCGGUCUGAAGCUGAUUCGCAUAAACGUACCGCCGUACACCCUCAGAGGCAAGAGCGCGCUCCUCGAGUGCAGAUACGACCUAGAAACGGACAAGCUUUACACCAUCACGUGGUACAAGGAUGACGAGGAAUUCUACAGAUACGUGCCUAGAGGGGAACCUACCAAGCACAGCUAUCCCGUCGAGGGCGUUAAAGUUGACCAUCGACGGUCCGAUCACCAGCAAGUCCUGCUGCAGGAUGUGAGCCUACACAGCAGCGGACAGUACAAGUGCGAGGUGAGCGGCGAAGCGCCAAACUUCAAUUCGGUCAGCGCCGAAGCCAGCAUGGAAGUCGUAGUUCUUCCACAAGACGGACCGACGAUAACCGGGGAGGAGAAGAUUUACGCCACCGGCGACGUCCUUGGCCUAAAUUGCACCAGCGACAAGUCUCAUCCAGCCGCGAAACUCAAGUGGUUCAUCAAUGGCGCGGAGGUGAUGCCCGACUCGAGGACGGUGUACGACCAUCACGGACUCUACUCGGUGAUAUCCAGUUUACGGCUCCAGUUGGAAUCGGAUCACAUCGCAGGCGACAAAAUAAACGUCAGUGGAGGGUCAUGCGAGCGUCGCGACGCCCUCCGUGUGCCUGACAGUGGCGAGCGCGCUGAUGCUGCGACUACUGCCACCCGUUUAGAGAAUCUACCGGCGGACCAGCGAAUCGACCUAUCGACCCGCCGCGUCUCGCUCGCGCUGGCGUUCGCGAUAGCGACUGGACUCGCGGCAACUAGCCGAACCGGAUGGCCAAGGAGAAGCUGAAGCGGAUGGCGAUGGAGAUGGAGGAACGGGAAGACACCGACAGGAGACCAGGGAUGGUAUCGCGGCGGACGUUUAGCAACAGGAAAACGAUCAGUCGCGAAAUCGAAACAAAACAUGGUCGUUACCGCCCGCUUCGCUCGAAUGGUCGGCGACUGAGAUGGGCACGGUUCGAUUCUAUCUUAGAGAAUAGCAAGUAACGAAUAAACUAACGUGUAGCAAUUUAUUCGUGGCGUUUGUUCGAUCGAGCAACUCGAUUUUGCUUUGCGCGUUGUGAAAUACUUCGAUGUACAGUACAGAUAUUAAUUUUUAUCCGCAGGAUUACGCGCGGUAGGACAUUGAACGAGAGGGCUCGAUUUUACGGGUCUAUGUAGCGGGAGUAUUAUUUUUUUUAAAGCUACUUUUACACUAGUGGAAAGUACAGUUCGUAUGUAUACUAGAUAAAAAUAAAGAUUAUUAAAUAAUUCAGAGCGUGUCGUCACUGUCUUCUAUUUGUGCUUUCCACUAGUGUGCGAGGAUUCAAAAGAGAACGGGUAGUUCGAACUAAAAACAAAUCGUAGAAUCGAGCCUCCCUUUAGAUUAGACUAUCCAAUCGUUCGUAACCCUGUAAGAGUAACGAAUAAAAUAAGAAUUUUGCCUAUCUCUAGUCGGCGACCCUAGCCGGGAAUUUGGAGACGACAGGUGCGAGAAAACGCUUUCAAUGACAGGGUACUAUCUAUCGAGCGCGAAUUUUUUACGCGGCACUCCUGUUUCCGAGUCGCGAUGUCCGGAUGCAUGCAUUCCAGACGCGUAGGGGAAGUUUGCCUCGCUUAGACCGCGUUGUUAAAUAAUUGAAAUUAGUACGAUAACGUCACUUAUCGCGUUUGCUUACAAGGUUAUGCCCAUAUUACUGUACAUGGCCGAUUUUCGUGUUGGAAAGUGCACCACUUGAUUUGUUACGCGGUAAAAUCUAAUUUCGAGGAGUUUGAUGUAAUAUCAGAGCCACGCAGCUGGUAAGUUUACAACCCCGAAGGUAAUAUAUUUUAAUAUUCUAUAUAUUUAUGAUAUAGUAUGAUAACUUUAUACAGGGUAGCCCGAAAGUUCCGUUAGAACUGUACGAUCUAUCAUAACUUUUUCAAAUUUUCCACCGGGAUUCGAUGAGAGCUUGCAGCAAAGUAUACUUAUAAAUAAACGCGAAAACGUUCAUUCUCUACCGAGAUCGUUUAACGAUAGCAAUUGGACUCAAAAUUCCAAGUAAUUUUCGGAUCGAUAAAUUAUACAAAACUAAAAUCAAAAAUUGCUAAUAAUGCAAAAGAUAAAAGCAACGACUAUAAUCGUAAUCGUAACAGAUCUUUCGGUCCACUCUGUAGCAUAUUAAUGAAAAGAUCUUUGGGCUCAAUAAAGUGGCGCACGAGGUAGAAACUCCACGAUAGUCGAGUUUUUUAAAUUGAAUUACACUUGGUUGCUCCAAUUGGGUCGGUUUAAUUACGGCAUUACUUUCAUUUUCAACGUUCGUUCAAUCAAUUUCAAAGCGUUCGUAUGAUUUAGGCAAUCUUUCCCUUAGAGUUAUUAUUUCAACUAACGAAUAAAGACUCAAAAGACUCAUCCAUGAGCAACGAUUUCAUUCGACGAAAAACGACUAGCUGUUCGCGCAUAAAUCUGUAGCGUUGUUCGAAACAGAUUUAUUUCACCGAGAGUUUAUUCGUUAUUCGAACGGCCUCAACGACGAGUAAGCGUCUUCGUUAAGUCGCGGUCGUCUAUUGUACAUCACACAUUGCCGCGCGACGCAGUAGAUCAACGGUUUCUCAUAUCGAUUCUUCCUAAUUUUUCGUUCAACAUUUUAUUCGAAUAAAAGAAUCACUCGUCGUUCUCGAAUGACUUCAUUUUUUUUGCGACUUCUAAUCGAAUGCUAUCUAAAGCAGAAUUUAUUUGAAAAAGUGUGUUCGACGUUUUAUUCGAAUAACGCCCAACCCUGCUUCCAUUACAAGCUAGCGAGAGCGUUGAAAUCGCGCCAUAGCGCGCGCGAGCAUCGAUACGCGAUCCAUGAGCGCAGCCGAGCGCUGGACCGGCCCAACGCGGAUUAUCGUCUCGUUUUGCGGCACGCGACUCGAAAGUACGAUUUACGAGACUAUAAGCCGAUUAAUUUGUAAAAUUCGACGUGCACGGCUGGGGCAAACAUUUGUUGAAAUUGUACGGAAACGGGCGAUCCUUCCGACCGAUCGUCGACGAUCCUGACCGGUCCACGCAAAUCUCGUCGUAGUUCGUUUCCGCGCGACGGAAGAGUCGGUCGUAAGUUGCGGGUUCACGCGCCAUCGAAGGUUCGUUUCCACCGAACGUAAAACCAAGACUUUUAAUUUUAAUGCCGCGAUAGUAAACGCCUGGCUUCACUUUGUUCCAAUAUUUCCGUCUCGCAACCCCUGGAAACAAUCCAUACAUUGUAGAUAUAUUUUUUCAACAGUAUUGUAUAUACUGCCCGUACGUGAAAUUGUAUACACUGGUCCCUCAGUUUACACGGCACUUGUUAUACGUGGCUUUUGUUUCGCGCGAUCAACAAUCACUCGAUUUACGCGAUACCUUUUAUACACGGUUCAGUUUUAACCAGUGGAAAAAAAAAGGUUUUCCCAUGUUAUUUCGGCAAAAAUCAUUCCGCAUGUGCGGUGGAAAAGUUUCGUUUAAUCGAACCGUUGACAUUAUUCUGACCCCGUUUCCGUCGACACGAAUCAUCGAACCCUGUCAAGUUUAAAGGGGUAAUGGAACGACAAUCGUUGCGAAUUUACGAUCUUCGCGAAUUCAUUGUUGGAUUUACUUCGCAGGAAUUCUUUGGAAACUUUUCACGACGCCGACAAAUGGCUCUAUAAGUUCGAAAAACCGUACUUUAAGUGGUUUCCCAUUCGCGUCGUAAUAAGAGGUAACUCGAAGGAGAUCCAUUAAUCUCCCCCUUGUUUCCAUCAAUGUCAAACGGCCGCUUUAAAGCACUCGAAUGGGCGCGAUCCUGAUUUUAUAAAUUUAAUUGUUCGCUCGUUAAUUUUCCUAGAAAAGAAAAAUUACAAGCAUCGGCCUUCUGGAUCGCAUGCACGUGCCCCCUUAAUGUCACGUGAACACGCACCUGUAGCGAGGGUCGCGAGCGAAGCGUCUCGAUGUUCCGCCGCCAUAUUCCGCCGUCUCUCUCGCAUUUACGCUCUCUCGCAUUACGCGCCCCCGCAUUACGCGCUCUCGCGUACACGCGUGUUGUCCCCGUUUACGGCUUCGAAGCUUCCAUUCCCCGGUACUUGUACUUCCGAAACGACGCGCGCUCUACCUCCUCGCGCCGCCACUCUUCUAGCUCGUAGUCGCAAUUGCGCGUCUCGUUCGCGCGACCAGCCGACCGACCGCUUCCGGAUUCCGCACCGCGCCCGCCGUCGACCGAUUCGCCUUCCACGCGACUGGAGAUUGGCAACAUUCGAUUCGAAUGAUAGAUAAUCGACGAAACCAACGUGCAUCGAUACAUUCAUGACCUUCAUGCGAUCGAACGAUUUCCGUUACUAUUAAUUUCUUACUAAUUACUGUUCAACCUUUCGCCAAUAGAUCACGGUACCGUCGUACUUGUCAUGUUUAUUAAUAACAAAGUGUAAAUUUCCAGAAACGCCAGGUGCUGUAAUGAUUCUAAAGAAUUGAUUUCGAAAUUGUAGCGAGCAAUUGCCAUAUUUCAAUCUCGUUAAAGUAGCAUUUCAAACGUUCAACUCGAGUUAUAAAUUGAUUUAUUGGAAAAUAAAUUUCGAGAUCGAUUCGGCUCAGAGGUUUUCACGACGCUCAUUAAUUUAACGGUGAAAAGGUCAACGUGUAAUGGAUCGUUAUUCGAGAAUUUUGCCCAUCUCCGCUCGCGGCUCUUCCUCCUCCCCGGAGUGCCACCCUGUGCGUGCAUGUGUGCGUGCGUGUGUGUGCGUGUAUACUUUGUACAUACUUGCGACGCGCGUAUUAUACCUGUCGUAUCGACGUACCUUACCGAUUAGAAGAAAAGAAUCCGAAGAUCGCAUCGAAGCGAAAUUUAUCGCGCUUUCCGUAGUAUAGGCAACGACCGGUGGCGUCUAUUAAGAUUCGAUUACGAUCAUUUCCUAAACGUUGACACGAUCGUCGAAUCGAUCGGAAAAAUCGAGAAUUCGUUCUGAUCUCGUUCGGCGAGCGUCGUCCAGUCUUUGGAUGAAAAACGCGAACUUCUAUUGCAGAAAUGGACGCCACGACCGCUUCAGCUAGCGGCUCGACAAGUUCUCGUGCUCGCCGUGAGCUGAAACGAUCGCGACGCCGAAUUCCGAUCUACGAUCUUCAAGCAGUCGCCACUCGUCGACAUCCCGAAACCCAUCGGAAAGAUUACGUACUUGUGUGUAUGGCCUAAUGUAUAUAUUUCGCAUAUUUAGUAAAUAAAUCGUAUU